UGUGUGUGUUUGUUUCCAGCUCUCACCAGGUUGGGUGCGUUAUACUGAGGGCUUCCUGCUGCAUCCAUCUGCCUGAAACUAAAAGAGCCGAGCUGUCACUGCACACUGCAGGGCUUUAACAGAGACAGUGAAACGGGUUGACGUUCCUCUCAGGAAAAAACAAAGGCAGCUCCUCACAUUGAUCCACCGCAGAGCAGCAGGCUUCCAUCAGACUCAUGACUGUUUGAGGGGACGCGGACCCACGGUGGCCCAUGCACUGUACCCGUUUCCCUCCCUGUCCUCCUUAUCCCUCAAGCUGACGCAAAACCCCAGACACCUACCCCCCCUCCCCCACCCCCACUCCCACCCAAUCCCCAGCGACUCGCCCCCUCCCGCCAUGGUGUCCGGCACCGAGACCGUGCACUACAUCCACCUGCAUAACUCCAGCCAGUCGGUGCUGGAAGCCCUGCGCACGCAGCGGCGCGAGGGCCUCUUCUGUGACGUGACCGUGCGGAUACAUGACGCCUCUCUGCGUGCCCACGCCUGCGUCCUGGCGGCCGGCAGCCCCUUCUUCCAGGACAAGCUGCUGCUGGGUCACUCCGAGAUCUCCGUGCCGCCGCUGGUGCCCGCCGAAACCGUGAAGCAGCUUGUGGAUUUCAUGUACAGCGGCUCACUGGUGGUGCUGCAGUCGCAGGCCCUCUGCAUCCUCACCGCCGCCAGCAUCCUGCAGAUCAAGACGGUCAUCGACGAGUGCACCCAGAUCAUCUCUCAGAGGAAGGCGGCGGCCACGGCGGCGGCAGCGGCAGCGGCAGGAGGAGGGAUGCUCGGAGGAGUUCUCCCUAAGCAAGAGGAGCGUGGCGGGGGGAAAGGGAGAGAGAGCGGAGGCAGUGGAAGCUGCUCGGUUGGAGCGAGUGGGGGUGGAGGUUACGCAAACUUCCCCAACUUCAUGGCUGAAUGCGGGGGUAAUAAUAUGGGCGGGGGGCUGGGGGGCGCCAGCGUCAGUGUCAGCGAGAGCGGCCCGGGCCCAAUGGAGCAGGCCAACACCGUGAGUCUGAUGGCACUGGGCGACAUGGGCCCCGGCUCCAUGUGCGGCGGUGACGGACUAGGCUCCGGUGCCGGCUCAAUCCUCAUGAAGCAGAGCCCCAGCUGCACUCAGGACGUCAGGUACAAGCUCCGAGACCUGCUGGCCCAGACGGCCAACGGAGCCAGCACUAGUAGCACAGGGAACCUCUCGGCGGGCUGCAGCUCCGGCGUGGGCAGCGUGGACAGCAUCGGCAGGGACAGCCUCCGCGGCAACACAACCGACCUCUCUGAUGACCUGGUGGGGAUGGACAGAUACAGCGAGGAGGAGGACUUGGACGGGCGGGAGCGGGGAAGAGACGGAGACAGAGACAGGGGGGCGAGCCACAGCCGCAAGCAGAGGCAGCCGCUAAGACUCCAGGUGCUGGGAGGAGAAGGAGUGGUGGUGAAAGAUGAAGGGGUUCAGGACCCAGAUGGGACUGUCUACGCCUUGGAGGACGGGAGCAGAGACGGACAGCAGGAGGGCUCCCAGGAAUCCAUGGCAGGCUUUGGACAGGAUUUCUACGAUGAGCAGGGGGUGUUUUCGGAGAGUUUCUGGCCCCAGAGUGAGCCUCCUCAGGCCAUGGCUUUCAACCCCAGAGGAAGGGUCAACAAGCCUCUGACUCCGCCUCCGACCACACAGUCCAUCAACAACCAGCUCCUCUUCCAGUACCCAGUGAGCCAGUCGCAGCCCGCUCCGUUCUACGUGGGCGGGCCCAUGGGUGGGAUUGACAGCAUGGCGGGGACCGAGCCCAGCCAGCAGGCCCCGCCCCCAGCCCCGAUGACCCCGGCCCCGCCUCCCUCCACCUCCUCCUGCUCCGCGGGCCCCUCCCCCUCCUCCCAGGGAUCUGAGACCUCGUUCGACUGCACGCACUGUGGCAAAUCUUUACGUUCCAGGAAGAACUACAGCAAGCACAUGUUCAUCCACUCCGGUCAGAAACCUCAUCAGUGCUCCAUCUGCUGGCGCUCCUUCUCCCUGCGUGACUACCUCCUCAAACACAUGGUGGUGCACACUGGCGUCAGGGCCUUCCAGUGCUCCAUGUGCGGCAAGCGCUUCACCCAGAAAAGCUCGCUCAACGUGCACAUGCGCACCCACCGUGCCGAGCGCACCUUCCAGUGCAACGUGUGCCACCGGGCCUUCACCCACCGCACCUUGCUGGAGCGCCACGCCCUGCAGCACGCCCACCACGCCCCCCAGGGCCAAGGCCAGGGGCGUGGAGCCGACAUGACCUCACCUACCAAGCACAGUCCUCCGGCUCUGGGAGGGCCCUCAGGUAUGGCUGGCGCGGCUGGCAUGGUCGGCAGCAUGGCCAACAUGCCCAGCCAUGGAGCUUCCUCCACCUAAAGAGAGAGAGAGAUACGGGGGAGAGGGGGAGGUUAGCGAGCCCAUUCCUUAUUUGGUCCUAACAGCCUUGUUGAUCUUUAGUUCUAGAGGGAACAGCGCUUACAGGUUCCCAUUGUUUUAUCUUAACGACACCUUCAAUCAGGGUUCCUACACACGGCUGGACAUUAUGUACAUUUUAAAGGUUUUGGAAUUGCACAAAAGUCUUCAAAAAGUUUGUAAAAAAAAAUCUACUCAAAAAACCCAUCUCCAGUAGAUGUAAUCCUGCUGUCGUUUCCUGUGUUGUGACAUCUGUGACGACGGAUCGUUCAGUUAGAGAUCGUUAAAGAUCAGCCAUCCAAAAUCCAGCCAGAAAGUUUGUUUUUUAUUUUGGGUGGGAAAUGAGCCUGGACGUUUAAAUAAAGAACGUGUAGGAACCCUGUUUCAAAGACACCAGAGAGGCACCAAAGAGGUUAGGAAUACAGAGCGGGUUUGGGAGUGGGUGAGGACCAGGGGAGGUGGAGGUGAGGGAGGGAGUUAGGGAGGGAGGGAGGGGUUAUACGGAGAUGCAAGUUCAGUAAAAUAAGGAGAAGGAAGAGUGAGUGGGGCGGGAGGGAGGAGUUGCAGGGUUUUAUUCACCCUCAAUUCAUUUAAUUCAAAAUUAAUUUGAUGUCUUUAAGUGCAUAAAAUCAAAAAUAACAAAGUUGUUGUUUAUCCCAAGGUCUCAAAAUAUCAGAGUAAAAAUAACCGAUUGAUUUGCAAAAUUGUGACAAAAACAACCAAAAUUCCCAGAAUAUCUCUUAAAAUUGAAGAGCUGUUUUAAUAUCAACGUGUCAUAUAAGCUUUCUUACCCAAGUAAAUGUUAAUGUCCUUAUCAUGUUCUGAUGAAAAACUGAACUAUCAGCUUGUUAUGGUUCUUAUUACGUACUUCUGGUACUUUUUAACCAUUAUAGCAUACUGUAUGCCCAUGCAAAUUCACUCUUUUAAAAAGAACGUCAAAAUAAUGCGUAAAAAGUGGAUUUAAACAUUAUGGCCUCAUUAUGUAAUAAAUGAAGCCGUAAAAGUAUGAAAGAAAGAUUUUCCCAACACCUUUUGAAGGUGAUAAAUUUAGUUAAACACAUUUUAGAGCACUUAAAUAUGAACCCUGAAUUCCCUGUUUUGUUUUUAGAAGUGGUCAUAUUAACGGAUAUCAAAAUGAACAAAAAAUUGAAACUCAGCCGAACUCGAGGCGAAUCUAGACAGUUUAAUGUAAAGUUCAGGUCAGCUGCAGGCCGUGGAAACUUGGGCAAGAAAAGCCCAGAACGCCUAAUUUAAAUUAAAGAAGUAGCGGCAGUGAAAGCCGACUCACGUGGUCUAUGUCUCAGCCAAAAAGCUGCACUUUAAUUGCACAAAUAUUUUAAAAGAUAAUACAGAAAAUAAUCACGGUAAAAAUCAAAAAAUAAAUACAAUAAUUUUCAGACCAUUUUUUCACCCAGUAAGUUUUGUUUAUGUCAUUUGUUCUAAUAAAUGCAGCUGUUUGACAGAGUAGAUAAACAGGCCAGCAGUGGGGCAGUUUUUAUGGCCUUUUUGCUCACUGCCAGCAAGAUCUUUAAGAGGCAGACAUUAUCGCUCCUCAGCCCGUCAGAAAUGUGUCCCGGAUCGAGGGACGUGACACUAAAACCCUAAAGUUUUUGAGAAAAGCAUGAAUUUAUCUCACAAAUAAUUUCCUUUCGGAUUCUUGUAAAAGAAAGUUAAAUUUGCACCUUAACCUCAUUGUUUUACAAGUUUUUCCCCCCUAUUUUUUUCAUUAAUUAUUAAAGAGGAAAAAAAUGCACUUCCUGAAUUAACUGAAUUGAAUGUGAAUGGUGCCCGGAGCUAUUCACGAGGACAAAGAGAGUUGUUGAUGAAUGAUUCAAUGAAGAAGGAAAGUAGUCCGUGCAGAGUGAGACUACAGCAGGAAGGGGAGGAGGAGGAGCAGGAGGAGGAGCAGGAGGAGGCGCGAUGCACAGCAGUGUGAAUGAAAUUCACCAUCAUCCAUCAGACAGCUUUGUAACAUUUUCCACAGGCGCCACUGGUCGGCCCCAGGAUCAUAUACCUCGAACCAGGACGAGCCCCCCGUGGCUCGGAGGGACACUAUUUUCUCUUUUGAAAUGUUUGGGAAACAUUUCAGCAUGUUUUACACACACACACACACACCUACAAUUACCUCGGUGGUCCAAAGACAGGCAUUAUGCUUCACAUCUUUUAAGCUACAUCAAACGAAGAAACAGUGAAAACUAAAGCUACCAUAGAUCCGUUUACUUUUUUGAAAAAACUUACUAAAGUACUUCUAUGUAAAAUUCCUGUACAUCGCUAUGACGCUCAGUUUGUUAUUUGUUGCUCAUGUGAUUCUUUGAUGCAGAAAUAAGGCAGAACAUUUAAAAAACAAGAAAACGAUAAAAAAAAAAAACAACUUUUAAAGUGAAAGAGCCAUUCAGAGGAAGUUAAACGUUGAAUAACUAUGACAAAUCAAUGAUUUUUAUCAGGAUUUUUAAUGAGUGUUUGGUUGUGUUUGUCUUUUGGGGCUCUGGUUAAUAAUAAAUGGGUAAAAGUGUUUGUUGCUUAAAAAAAGAAGAAGCUUUUCUUGCGGCACUAUUGUUAAAAAAAAAAAAACCUUUUUAACCUUUUAGUAAAACUAAAUUAAUCAUGAAAAUGUACAAUCACCCCUUCAAGUUUUGACCAAGUCAAACUCGUGAUAAUGUUAAUUAUCACUUUAAUAUUUAUUACAAUUUGAUCUCUAUGCACAAUUGAGUUUGCACAUCAUAUGACUUAGACCUAGGUGUUGUUGUCCCCUCAAGUAUUUGGCCUAAGAUUGUUUUUCUUUCCCCUUUUUUACACCUUAAAGGUGAUCUUUAAAAGACCUUAUUGUGUCCCCGCUUUUUGCUCAUUUUCCUUAAUGUUUGUCAGUCGAAGCAUUAUAUGAUAUUUAGUAGUUUACUUAAGCUUUGUAAGAGCCUUCUAAUUGACAUGAUUUUCAUAAGUGGACCUCACGAAACACGUGGGACAUUUUUGAGCUUGAGAACUUUGCGAGUGAUGAGAUAAUUUGACUUUUAAGAUAUCACUUUAAAUCAUUUUAAACAGAGUGAGUCCGGCAAAGACGUAGAUUCAAAUCCUUUCUGUCCGGACUUCACUAUAAAUAUUGACAUUUAAUGUCCCAUUGAAAUGUGGAGAAACUGCUUAUUUACGCGGAGCAGGCCCGGCAGCGUUGGCCUCUGAACAUUGCAAGUUAAUUUGUUUCACCAGUGGAUGAAAAACAGUUUUUAAAUAAUAAAAAAAAGACUUUUAAGAGAAGCUGGACUGGAACUCAUCCAACUCACUGUUGGUUAUAAGCUAUAUAUAUGAAAUUUAACGCCAAACCUUUGGUGCUUUUUUUUUGUUUUUGGAAAUAUUUACCUCAUUUGCCAGUUGCCAACACCGUGCUGUGGUCUGGGUUUGGUAAAUAAGCAGUGUUGAGCUGUUUCAGAGGUUUGAUCAAGCCUCAGCAGUGGAAGUGGUUUUGGUGCAUUUUGUCUGAGGCGGACCCUUGUACAGUACUGUAAUAUGUGUGCUUUGAAGCCAUGUCAGCGCAUUGUAACGUACUGUGUUAUGCCUUUUUAUUUUUGUUUCCUGUUUUCUGUUUUAUUGGGGAGGGAAGUUGAUAAUUGUUUUUCUACAUUAAUAUUUCUUUAACAGAGGUUAAAAUAUGUCAGAAGAAGAAGAAGAAAACAGUCAUUUUAUAAAAAAUGAAAAAAAUCACUUGUCAUCGUAAAACCACAUCUUUUAUGUAUAAAAAGACUAAAGGCAUGAUUUUAACUUUUUCUGAGAACUUAGAUGUCGUACUCAAUGAAUUAAUUGACUUUUAAAAAUGAGUGAUUUCAAAGAUUUCUUUCUCCAAAUAAAAAGUCUUCUAUGGCUCAAGGCCA